UUAUCUCCACCUCCACUAGCACCAACACAGCACCACCCCUCCCCCUUCUUCUCUCUCUGAGCGCAUGAGAUCUUCUCCCGAAACCUGAGCGCAGUAGACGCCGAAAGGACAGGCGAAACUCCCCCCGCAGAACAUGGCUACGAUCGUUACCUCGACCAGGUUCACGGACGAGUAUCAGCUAUACGAAGAGUUGGGAAAGGGCGCCUUCUCCGUAGUGCGCCGAUGUGUGAAGAAGUCCACCGGGCAGGAGUACGCCGCCAAAAUUAUCAACACCAAGAAACUUUCGGCCAGAGAUCAUCAGAAAUUGGAACGAGAGGCUCGCAUCUGUCGCCUACUGAAACACCCCAACAUUGUUCGUCUCCAUGACAGCAUCGCUGAAGAAGGCUUCCAUUACCUGGUCUUUGACCUUGUCACCGGCGGUGAGCUGUUUGAGGAUAUCGUCGCCAGGGAGUAUUACAGCGAAGCUGACGCAAGUCAGUGCAUCAAUCAGAUCCUGGAGAGCGUCAGUCACAUCCACCAGCAUGACAUCGUGCACAGGGACCUCAAGCCCGAGAAUCUGCUUUUGGCCAGCAAGAUGAAGGGGGCUGCUGUCAAGCUGGCCGACUUUGGCCUAGCCAUCGAGGUGCAGGGGGACCAGCAGGCUUGGUUUGGUUUCGCAGGUACCCCGGGGUACCUCUCCCCUGAGGUCCUGAGGAAGGACCCAUAUGGCAAGCCAGUGGACAUCUGGGCAUGUGGUGUAAUCCUCUACAUUCUGCUGGUGGGCUACCCCCCGUUCUGGGAUGAAGACCAACACAAGCUCUAUCAGCAGAUCAAGGCUGGUGCCUACGAUUUCCCAUCUCCCGAGUGGGAUACAGUCACACCUGAGGCAAAGAACCUCAUCAACCAGAUGCUGACCAUCAACCCGGCCAAGAGGAUCACUGCGGACCAAGCCCUGAAGCACCCAUGGGUCUGUCAACGCUCGACAGUGGCCUCCAUGAUGCACCGCCAAGAGACCGUGGAAUGUCUGCGGAAGUUUAAUGCCCGGAGGAAGUUGAAGGGCGCCAUCCUCACCACCAUGCUGGUAUCCAGGAACUUCUCAGGACUGGGCCGGCAGCAGACCAGCCCUGCCGCCACCACCAGCACUGCCACGCUGGCACAGGAAGCGUGCAAAAGUUUGCUAAACAAAAAAACAGAUGGCGUAAAGAAACGGAAAUCCAGCUCCAGUGUUUAUUUAAUGCCACAGACAAACGACAGUAAAAACAGUGUAGUCAGCAGCAGCAGCAGCAGCAGCACCAAAGACAGCAGCAUCUCAUCCUCCACACUGAUGGAACCACAGACCACUGUUGUGCACAACCCAGCUGAUGGCGUCAAGGGUUCCACAGAGAGCUACAAUACCACAGAAGAGGAGGAUAUGAAAGGUAGGAAAGCAGCUGGACUGGCCAGUGCUGCCAGCAGUGACAGCGCAGUGGCGAGCCAGUGCAGCGGCAGUGAGGAGCCUGCCGCACAGGCGGACCCCCACCACUGUCUGCCAGCCACUGGCCCGCUGCAUGAUGUAAAACGUAUUGCUUGGAACAGUUCAGGACAGGAGCAUUGUCCCGACCUAGAGCAUGCUCAGCCACUGCCCCCCGCUGCACCCCUAGGGGGCAGCAGCACACAGCAGUCACGCAAGCAGGAAAUCAUCAAGAUCACAGAGCAGCUGAUAGAAGCCAUCAAUAACGGGGACUUUGAGGCAUAUACGAGAAUCUGUGAUCCUGGACUGACAUCCUUUGAACCAGAAGCACUUGGAAAUCUAGUAGAGGGCAUGGAUUUUCACAAGUUCUACUUUGAAAAUUUAUUGAGUAAGAACAGCAAGCCUGUCCAUACCACCAUCUUGAACCCUCAUGUGCACCUGAUUGGCGAGGACGCGGCUUGCAUUGCCUACAUCCGCCUCACGCAGUACAUCGACUGGCAGGGCCGGCCGCGCAGCAGCCAGUCUGAGGAGACACGCGUGUGGCACCGCCGUGAUGCCAAGUGGCUCAAUGUCCACUUCCACUGCUCAGGGGCACCUGCGGCACCCCUACAGUGAGGACUGCUGAGCCCAGGUUGCAUGAAUCCUGAAGCUAACUGGAGCAUUUCUUAUCAGAGGUUGCAUCGGCGCCAGGGGUCUGGCCAGACGAGACCACAAAAGGCUAAAACACUUUAAAAUGAGAACCAACGACUGCAGCGGCAUGACCACCAUACCCCACCCACCCAGUUCCAUCAAGAUGGGAGGAGCCAGCCUCUGCUGUGACUCCGCCCUCCAGAUGGUACAAGCUUCUGAUGCUCACAUGGAGGUGUCAUCUUGUCCUUUACCCUCAGAUCAAACUUCCUGCCCAUUACAACUGUCCAAAGAGUGUUAAACAUUUGUUCAGCAAAAUAUAUCAGAAUCAAACAUUUAUGUACGUAUGUGGAACAGGAGCUGCAGUCAUUUUGAAGAUGAUUUUAUGCACUCGCCCUCAUUAGUGUUUAGGUGCCGAAAUUUUGUUCUCAUAUUUUUAAAUGCAUAUCUAGAUGUUUGAAUGCAAGUCAGAGCAAGAAAAAAAAAACUAUUUGAACAUUAUAAUUAAAAAGCACCAAAGUGUAGACUUUAGGUAUUUGAUAUUGUUUUACUUUUUUGUGUGAGGGAUGGGGCAGGUUUUGUAUUGUGUGUUGUGAAAUGACACUUGCUUUUUAUCUCCUGAAUGAUGAAUCGAAAGUUUUGUGUUUCAAGAAAAUUAAUUUUUUGAAGAUGUACAUGUAGACGACAUAGGGCACCCUCUGUUUCUGGGUGUGGGAACGUAAUGUUGCAUAAGAGGCCCGGCCUCUGCCCCAAGCCUGGCAGCUCUGUCAUUGGGAUAAGGCCCAUCUGUGCUAAAACAGUAGAAUGUAGCAUUAGUGUUGCCGAAACAGCUUCACAAAGGUAGAUGAUAGCACUUUCACUACUCCAGGGGGUGCUACACACUAGGGAGCCUUUGGCUACUUUGUCUGAAUAGAGAUUAAGCAACUGAAAUUUUGUUCAGUCCAUCCUGGGGGAAAAGGGAAAAAAAGCAAAUUACCUGCACUGCUUAGCGCACAAGACUGAACACGGAAGGAAUGUUCAGUGGAUCCUUCUGCUUAGCACCACCUGACUGCUCCAGGCCAGGCGGCUAAUGAGGACCACACAGAGCUUGGGACCCUGAUCUAGUGCAGAAGAACUAGUCUUGGCAAGUCUCCUGUCCCUAAUCCAACUAUGUGCAUACAUGGACCACUCCACAGACUCGGCUCUCCUGCAGCAAGCCCAGGCUGAGAGACAGGCUGCUUUGACAGUGCAGGGCUAACUUUCCUUCUUCUGGUCAGGUGAAGGCAGGCUGGGAACAGAGAAAGGGACACUUUGCAUAUAUAGCAAUAGCUCCCUUCAAAAAAUAAACCAUAUUGCUGUGAUGGAUAAACGUCAGAACAUGCCGUGUUCACUGUCAAGUAGACGUGUGACUUGUGACGCUCGGGGCAUAUCCUGGCUGCCACUCCACCUAUCGAUGCUGUGUUAACCUGCUCCAUCAUACCAGUCAGGUAGUGAACACCCAGGAUCUCUGAGAUUCCUUUUAAUAGAAAGAAAAAUAAUGCUCUGCCUUCUUCACACUGUGUAACAUCCCCCCAACUGUGCUGUGUAACACAAUGUUAGCUCUGUGAGUUAAACACCUGACACUGUCUCCAUGUUGCAGUGUACUAGAUGAUGUGAUGUUCUAAGUCGUUUCAACGUGUGACUUGCGCUGUGAGAACUGGUUGCCUGGUAAAGUGUUUUCAUUACAUGCGUGUGCACGUGUGAGUGAGUGCGAAUUUGGGGAAAGAUCAAGCUAAAGUCCAGUUUACAUUAUUAAAAAAGGGAACACAGAGGAGGACACUAAACUGAAACAGUCACUGCUGCAGAGCCCGGACACACAAUACUAAGGGAACCGUAAGCCACAGCGUAACAAAACCAUAUAUGCAGUUUUACAAGAGAAGGAAAUAUGCAUGUCUACUUUCUGGUAAAAUGUUUUUCAGUUUGUGUUUACUUAAAAGUUAGUUGCAUCUGAGGUAAAUGCACACUGUGCAGCCUCACAUAUGCGUGAUGUGAGACACUUGAGAAGCUCACCUUAGCUUGGUAUGUCCCCUUAUUAGUAAACUCCUGCAUUGUAAUAGUACACUUACGGGGCUUCAUAUACUCGAGUUUCAAAUUGGAUGCUGGAUUUUGCAUGAUCAUAUAAAAAAAAAAUAAACCAUGAGUUAAGCAAACUUGCCAGGUGUUUGUUUGAAUGUUUGUAGGUCUUCUUCAUAGCUUUGUUAUUGAAACCUGAUCUGAAAGUAUUUAAUAAAUAAUAUUUCGACUGUG